AUGGGAUCCGACAGCCGACCUGUCUGCCAUCGCUGCGCACAGAUUAAACAAGCUUGCGAUGGCAGUUUACCUUGCGCGCGGUGCGUGCGACUCAGUCUGCCGUGCCGACCUAGAAAUGCCGCUGGCACCGCGGAAGAGGCUCCAAACGGCGACGUUCCCAAAGCCAGGAUAAGACGAGUACAAACUGGUUGCCUGAUGUGCAAGCGCCGCAAGAAGAAGUGCGACGAGACAAAACCGCGCUGCGGUGACUGCCGGCGAUUAUGUCUUGAUUGCGCCUGGCCACCGGAGCGACACGUCAAAUCCAAACCUGGCUCUGGGUCCCCAGAGGAUGUUAUCAAGGAAGACGUCAAUGGCGAUAAUGGCAUCGCGGCGCCUGUGCCGACAACUAAAAUAUCCGGCCAUCAACCGUCUGAGAUGAUGAUGCGAGACAUACCGAUUCGAAACAGCCCGAGCCCGUCUAGUUCAAGCAGUGGGAGACAUGAUAGCUACGACAGCCAAAGUCAUCGCAGCCACACCAGCCAGAAUUCUCAAAUGGGCUAUUCCAAUUACGCCAAUUUUAAUAGACCCUUGGAGCAGACGCCGAUGAUGACCGUGGCUACGACUACCAUGACAAUGCCAUCGUCGACGGCGAUGCCUGUUACAUCGGGAAUCAUUGGCGAACUCACGCCCGAUAUGAGCCCGCAAAAACUGUCUUGGGAUAUGUCGGCAUCAUCUCCCAUCUGGCUCGACUCAGUAACACCCAUCAGCAACGGCAGCCCAACAGCCUCGAUAGAUUCCGUGCCUCCCGCGCAGUCGCUCUCAAUCUAUGUGCCACAGCUCAUGCCUCAACUGAGCGCGCCACAAGACAAGGCUCUGCUGAACCACUACUCCACCAUCGUGUCUUCAAUACUCUCCCGCCGAUCUUCGACGGAAAACCCGUAUAAUGGCUAUCUUCUACCGAUGGCUCAAUCCAACGACCUGGUAUUACAUUGUAUCUUGGCGCUGUCGGCGAAUCACUGGCGAAAGCUUCAACCUGCAAUGGGCGACCGCGGUCUCUUGCACAAGAGCAAGGCUACACAAGCUCUGGCAGGACUUCUACCGCAUGUUGAUACGACCAGCGCAGACAUCGCGCUAGUGAGUAGCUUGCUGCUCUGCAUGACGGAACUGUUUGAUGGCACGAGCGAAGGCUGGAAGCUCCACCUUAAAGGCGCAAAGCGCUUAUUAGUCACACUGCGGAAACAACAAGGCGAUAUGAUGACCGGCCAUUACAAGUUCCUGCUUCGCCUGGCUCGAUUCUUAGACUCUGCCGCCACUACGUCGACAUGCAGACCGCCCCUCAUGGGAGAUGAGGCUGCCGAAGCCCAGGCCCUUGAUAGCUGGUCCGCCACACCCGAUGAAGAAGACUCGGCCGUCUACGGCAUUCCCAAAGAGCUGUUCCAUCUGGUGGACCGCGUCAACACGUUAGCCGAGCUCCGAAGCACCAGAGUAGACCAAGCUUCCGAAGCCGCGUUCCGACGACAUGCCAACGAGAUUGAGCAUCGGAUCAAUAACUGGUCAUACGAGUACGGCGGCAUGUCAAGAGCGGUUUCAACGCUUACGCCGACAACCGAGGAUGUACUACACGCCACUCUUGCCUUUGAGUAUGCAAUUCGCCUGCGACUACACCAGAUUGUUGAGGGCUACGAGUUGACUGAUCCCAAAGUCGGCAAGUAUGUCGAGGGCAUUCUCGACUGCGUGCAAAAGAUUCGAUACGGCAGCCCUCUCGAGUCAUGUAUUCUGUUCCCUCUGGUCAUGGCUGGAGGAUCAUGUUGGAAGCUGGAGCAUCGCGUAGUAAUCCAAGACCGGCUUUUGGUCAUGGAGCGAACCUGUGGGUUUGGCUACAUUUACAAUGCCAGAGAUUUGGUGGAACGAGUUUGGUCACGGCGAGAUCAGUCAGAAGGCACGGGUGCCAUUGUGAACUGGGCACGAAUUCGAUACUACGAGAUGCACGGGCUGGUGGUGUUUUAA